AUGGAGAAGCUCCGCAAGCGGUACCGCGCCGAGAUCCAGCAGCGGCGCCCGCCGAUCCGCCUACUCCUGGGCCCACUUCCACAACAUGCACUCCAUGGAGAAGGGCUCCGACCCACCCUCCCGCCCUCCUCCUCCUCCUCCGACGAAGACGAAGACACCAAGACCAACAUCGUCAAGCGCAUCAACGAUCUCUACAACCGCCACACCAACGGAUCCGGAUCCACAUCCACGCCCGGGGUUAACAUCAAGAUGCCCGGAGCAGCAUCCGCCAACCCUAACCCUAACCCUAGAAUUAUUCCCCCCAAUUCGAGCUCCGGUAGUAAGUCGGUGGUGGAAGCGAUCCAGGCGCUGGGAGAAGGAUUCAUGAGAAUGGAGAAGAUGAAGAUGGAGAUGGCGCAACAGAUCGAGGAGAUGCGGAUGGAGAUGGAGGAAGUGAGAGAUAGAGUGAGAACCGACAUGGAAAGGGGGAACUGGGAAGGGGGAUGGAGAAGAGAGAGAGAGAAGGAAGAAAAGUUCAGUGGAAUGGUUGGAAAGCUCUAUGGAUUUGUGUUAUAUGGAACUUAUGGAUUCAUCGAAAUGCGAUAG